AGCGUCAUAGAGCUAGAUGUAACGUGACUGUUAACCUUAGAAUAAAUCAGUGUUCACUAAAUGUUUUCGCUUAAGUUAAACUGCAUUUUAGUAAGUGUUGUUAUUACAUCCAUGUGUGCAAAAAUGACUAUAUUGUCCUUGUGUAGGCUACUAUAUGCACAAAGUGUCUUUUAUACUAUUUGUCUAUUUACACAACAUGUGUCUGUGCUGUUUUUCAUAGUGACCUUCACCUUCUAGUACUCUUGCGUUGUUUUUUCCAUCCUAUCACAGUCCUGUAACAAGAUCUUAACGUUUUACUGUGAUAUUUGUAUCUCCUAAAAUGUAUUACAUUACUAUCAUGCUCUCUCCUCCGGUUUAUUUUUAAUGUGAGAAUCUGAUCUGGGCAUGUGCUGUCUCCUCUGCCACAGUGUACAUAUGCAUCAUGCAUCCAAAACAGCAUGUCCUUGUAGCUCCACAGUAACACUGGCACAUUGAUUGUUUGAGGUGGACCUCAGAGCGACCUCUUUAAGCAUCAAUCGACAGCCACAGAUGAGCUAUACUUGUAUAACUUAUACUAAUAACUCGUAUCAUCUGUAUAUCUUUAUGUGCGCCUGUGCGGGUCACGUGACCAACACAGAAACCUAACUUUAUUCUCAGAAAUGAAAUCGAAACUUAAUUCGUUUGGCCUCUUGUUUCCCUUUCCUUACACGAGUCAUUCGGCUGUUUCUCCCAACUUUCGUGGUGCAAUAGUUAGCAACGCGUUUUUGCAGCACUGCAUUCAACAUAUAUAUAAGCGAGCCACAUCACUCGUGUUUUCAUUGUGGAAGUUACAGAGAAAGGACCGGACUCCUCCAAAGCCGAAGAACCUGCGCGUUGUGGGGGAACACAUCCGUUUAAUUUAAGAAGUACUUUCAACAAUUUGUAAUCUACAACCGGUUCUGUGCAUACUUUACGGAAUAACUCUAGGAUUUGUGUAUUGAAUGUUGCUAUUAUUUCUUCAACUAACACGAGUCUGGUUUAAGUCAUCUCAUCAUCGCAGGAGCAGCAUCGAUACAAUCUCCCGCUUGUUUCACCGCUGUCACUUUGAGCUACUGUAGUUGCUUUCCUGCAACCGGCCUUCCCUGACUUUCCAUCAGGGUCUGCUGUUUGUGCUAGAGGACGUACACUCAUACAGACGCUGCACAUCAAGCUGCAUCGGCCCCCUUCACGCGCAACCCCUGCGCUAUGAGCAGAGGUAGAGGAGGGCCUUACAAAGAACACUACCACAGGCAACCUGACUUCCAGGCCAAGGACACUUAUUACAGACCUGGACUUGCCUCCCUUCAUCCUAGUGGUGGCCCACUGCAAAGCCCAUACUCAAGUUUUUACAACAGCCCUGCCCGUCCCGUAGUGCCCAUACAGCCGCCCCCAGCUCCUUCUCUCUUCCCCUCUGCUUCCCCCAUACCAAAGCACAAUAAAGUGACUACUAAACCAGAGGCUCCUAGCAGUUCACAUAAUCGGAAUCACAGCCCCAAUCCGGGUCCCAAUUCCUUUCAGUACCAACAGGCAGAGUUCCUGAGAGGACAUAGGUCUGAGGCACCACAGUUCAGUGCCAGUUCACGUGGAGGAGGAGGGGGAGUCGCACCUGACAGGUGGCCUAGUUCUUCAUACCAGCCCCAAUCAGGUUACAAUAGAUAUUCAUACCCCAACAGCAGCAGCCCAAGGGUUAGAGGGGGGUAUAGUCAAGAUCAGAGGUUUGUAUACCCAGGAGCUCCGCAAGGCACCCCAGGCCAUCGACGCCCGAAUCAAACCCAGUUACACGGUCCGAACCACAACCAACACUCAUGGCGCGCUCAAACAGACUCUGUGUGUGAUAAUUUUCACAGUUUGUCCCUUCAUCGAGACAGUCCCAACAGAGGAGGAGAAAGGUUUGGCAGACAUUCUGAAUCAGGCAGAUCAGCAAAUUUUACUAAAGUUAACAUCACUUUGACUUCUGACAUCCAGGACCAGAUUCACAGGGCUUUGGCUGCUUUGCCGCUAAGUGACGGUAUCUCUGCAAAAUUGUUAGGCAAACAACUGCGUCUGCCCAAAAAGAUAGUGAACAAGGCUCUCUAUUCUUUGGAGCGCUCACAGAAAGCCUCCAAGCAAGGACUCCUCCCUCCCGAGUGGAGUCUUUACAGAGAACCUGUCAGAGGUGAGGAAUAUCAAAACUCUAAAGUACAAAGUCCACAUUCCCAUCUGUUUUUCAGCGCAGGACAUCCUCCAGAACCUGAACCUGAACCUGAACCUGAAGUUGAGGUUGAGCUAAAAACAGAAACAGCAGAAAACUGGAGACGAGGCAAAGCAGAGGACUCUGACACAGAAUCCAGUUAUUCUUGCUGCUCCUCUUCAGAGUCAACUGUCUCUGAACACUCUCAGUCACCAGCACAAGGUCAGCACCAGGAGAAACAACAUCCCUGCGCUACCAACUUGCCUGAUAAGGAUCUGGCUCUUCCCAUAAUGGCAGAACAGAAAGAUCGAGUUCUGCAGUACCUCCUAACUUCAAGGGAGGCAACUGCUCUUCUCAUAUCCAAAAAUCUGGGACUGAGGAGCGCCAAGCAGGUCAAUCCCACCCUCUACUCGCUGGAGAAGCAAGGUGAAGUCAUUAAGAAUAGUGAAGUUACCCCUCCCACCUGGGAUCUCUCAACCCGCCGCAGAGAGAGGAUGGAAAGGAGCCGUAAAGCCACAAUGAGCCUACGCGCUGAGGGGGAUCGGAUGGGGGAGGAACCCGGUAGAGUUGAGGAGGGAGGAGGGUCUGUCUUUCUGCUGACGCCUCCACUACCACCAAUGCCAGGCAUCGAGCCGCUGCCACUCCCUGGGGGUUGGAUGCCAGAGAAAAGUCAUAGUGAUGGUCAUGGUAUUAAGUCUCAAGCCUCCCUCCAGACCCCCUUCCUUACCUCAUCUAAAGACGAAGAGACGAACGAAGGACAGUGGGCCACCGACGACAUCCCAGAAUUCCUCAACGCCAUUCGCAGAGAGACGGACGCUGGGAAACUAUUAGCCGAGCAUGCCAACUCUGUGGGAACUGUAGCUGUGUCGCUGGCUGCUCCACCUCCACAGAACCUGUGGGCCAAAUUACAGGAGGUGAGGCUGAAGAACCCUGUCAGCGGCCUCAUGGAGUAUGCCCAGUAUCUGGGCCAGAGCUGUGAGUUCCAGCUCCUCGACCGGUCGGGACCCUCUCACGACCCAAGAUUCCGUAUGCAGGUGAUGCUCAAUGGGAGGCUGUUUCCCAUCGCAGAAGCGUCCAGUAAGAAGGUUGCAAAAAAGGACGCCGCUGCGGCCACACUGCGCAUUCUCAUCGCAGAGAUGAAGGGAGGGUCGAGCACGGGGGACGAUGGAAACACUGCCAGUGUGGACCAAGUGAUGGAUGUACUCCCAGACACCAGUGCGCCAGCUGAAGGCACAGGGGGGGGUUUUGGGACUCCAAGUGUGGAAGGGAUGGGGACAGUGGAGGGACCUCGUCAGCUGCUGUCCCGCUCUCUGCCUGGUGGGAAAAAUCCAGUGUCUGUCCUGAUGGAGUACAGCCAGCGCAGCGGGAACCCCAUCGAAUUCAUCAUCACUGGCCAGGCAGGCCAACCACAUGACCCAAGGUUCAUGUACAAGGUGAAGGUCGGAGAGAACAUGUUUGCAGAGGCCUCAGCUCCAAGCAAGAAGGCGGCCCGCCAGCUGGCAGCAGAGGAGGCCGUCAAAGAGUUAAUGGCUGACGGGAGAUUGCAGCUCAACAAGCCUCAGUUGCCCCUGGGCUCUUCCAGUGAUGGCACUGGUGCGGGGACUACAUGUCCCUCUUUGCCCCCUCUGACUGCAGACGAGUUGCGAGCAGCCCACGAGGCAGGAGUUGGGGACCUCAUUAACCACCUGAACAACAACGCAGUGUCGGGUCUUCUGGAGUACGCUAGAGCCCGGGGCUUUGCUGCUGAGAUCCGACUGGUGGGCCAGUCUGGGCCACCACAUGAGCCUAAGUUCACCUACCAGGCCAAGCUGGGUGGACGCUGGUUCCCCCCAGUGUGUGCGUCUAACAAGAAGCAGGGAAAACAGGAAGCAGCAGAUGCUGCUCUACGGGUUCUGAUUGGAGAGGCUGAGAGGGCAGCCCGCACAGGGGAGCUAAUCCCAGCUGAGCUUCCAGUGAGUGGCAGCACUUUGCAUGACCAGAUAGCAAUGUUGAGUCACCAGCGUUUCAACGCCCUGACCACACGUAUCCAGCACAGCCUUCUGGGACGCAAGAUUCUGGCCACCAUCGUCAUGAGGAGGGGGGAGGGCCUGGGGACUGUUGUCAGCCUGGGAACUGGAAAUCGCUGUGUUAAAGGGGAGGAACUGAGCCUUAAAGGGGACACUGUUAAUGAUUGCCACGCUGAAAUCAUCUCCAGAAGGGGAUUUGUUCGGUUUCUGUACAUUGAGCUGCUCAAACACCAUGAAGGCACGGACGACAGUAUAUUUGAGGAAGUGGACAAAAACCUAGUGCGAAUCAAAUCUGACAUCACAUUUCACCUCUACAUCAGCACGGCACCUUGUGGGGAUGGUGCUCUGUUUGACAAGUCGUGCAGCGAGUCGGGGGAUGACGUCGAGGCCCAUCAGCCUCUCUUUGAGAAUGCUAAGCAGGGCAAGCUCCGCACCAAAGUGGAGAACGGCGAGGGCACCAUCCCAGUGGAGUCGAGUGACAUUGUCCCCACCUGGGAUGGCAUCCAGCACGGCGAGAGGCUGCGAACCAUGAGUUGCAGCGAUAAGAUCCUACGCUGGAACGUGUUGGGCCUGCAGGGGGCGCUGCUCACCCAUUUCCUGCAUCCCAUCUACCUGAAGUCCAUCACGCUUGGCUAUCUGUACAGCCACGGGCACCUCACACGCGCUGUUUGCUGUCGGCUGGCCAGAGACGGUGAAGAGUUCAACGAAAGUCUCACGUCUCCCUUCAUGCUAAAUCACCCAGAGGUCGGCCGGGUGAGUGUGUACGACUCCACGCGGCACACAGGCAAGACCAAGGAGUCGAGUGUGAACUGGAGCUUUCCAGACCAGCAAAGUGUAGAGGUGCUGGACGGGACAAAAGGCAAACUGGAUGGGAACAAACUGAGCGUGUCCAGAGUCUCUAAGUCCAACCUGUUCUGUAUGUUCCGCUCUCUGUGCCAGCGGUGCGGCCGCGCUGACCUCCUCAACCUGCCCUCCUACUCCCAGGCCAAGAUGUCGGCCAUGUCCUUCCAGCAAGCCAAGCAGCAGUUCUUCCGAGCUCUCAGUGGCCACGGUUACGGCGCCUGGAUCGGCAAGCCGCUGGAAGAGAAGAGCUUUGAGUCCGGGGAGGGAAAAAGGAACAAUGGAGCAAGUCUUCCUGUGGGGUACGGCAGCAGUAGAAACGGAGGAGCAGCAGCAAUGGAGUUCAAGCAAGACAAGGCAUAGAGCGGUGCCGAGCGCAUUCUUGUGUGGGGAAAUAUAAAUAUGUGGG